AUGGACGUAAUUGCACGUCGUACACGUUUGGCCUUCCUUAAUGCACAAGCGACUCUAGAAGCACUUCCAAAAAUAGUCGAGAUAAUGAGUCAAGAAUUAAACUGGUCACCAAAAAAGCAAACGGAAGAGUUUGACAAAGCAGUAAAAUUCCUACAUACAAUGGGAUUACCACCAUCAAAAGACAAAUUGACCAUUGAAAAAGUUAAAAAUGAAUUCUCGAAACCAACAGCUCACGAAUCUAUUUAUUCGCGUAAUCAAUUCCAACCAGAAGAAUUGGUCAGCUUCCAAAAAAUAUUUUCGAAAUAUGAUGCUAACGGUAGUGGAAAAAUCGAUAUAAAAGAUUUGGAAAAGAUUAUUAAAAAUAUUUUUGGUGUAAAUUUAUCAACUACUUCGUCGAAGUCGCUGGUUUCAAGAGUUAAAAGGUUUGAAGAGGACAAGAAGAACAGCAAUGAGUUGAUUGAGUUUAGAGAGUUUUAUAAAUCAUUGGGGAUGGAAGAGAUGGGUUAA